AUGACUUACCCAAAACUCCUCCGGCCAGUCAUGGUCGCCUCGAGCUUAGCCCAGUUAUCACUGGCAGCUUAUCCCGAGAUCAGCAGCGAUCGAUGUGAUUGUUUUCUUACCAAUGGAAGCAGCAGCCACUAUUUCACGAGUCACAAGUUCUUCGAUUUUCGGGAUAAAUCGAAUUAUGCUGGGGUACCCGCCCUCCUCGGGACCCCUGAAGACAGUAGCCAAGCCGACGCGACCAGCGAUUACUUUGUCUCCGAUGAAUGGACUGAAAAUUGGGGUUUGCAGACUUGGAAUAACUCUGCUGCAUUGGCUAGCACUGGGAGCGAUGCGUCCGUCUUCAUGGUCCAUUCACCCAACAAUGUCUAUAUCGAGAAAAAUGAAGACGAAAAUGCCGACUCAGACACAUACCUAACUAUGAGAACGGCGCGCUUAAAAGAUUUUCAAUCAGCCUCAGAAUUUGAGUCUAAAAUUCAUAAUUAUCAUUUUCUAUCUGUUAGAAUGUAUGCGAGAACCCUCGGCGCGCCAGGUGCUGUAACCGCUAUGUUCACAUAUAGAGAACUGGCCAAUUCUUCCGACCUCGCUAAGGUCCAAGAAUCAGAUCUGGAGAUUAGAACGCUCGACCCUCCCGAUUAUGUACAAUAUACAAACCAGCCGUCAUAUACUUCUAUGGGCCUCGAUCUCCAAGAAGCCACGCGAAAUGUUACGAUCCCGGACAAGAGAGAUUGGACAAAUUGGGCCGUGUACCGAAUGGAUUGGAGCCCGGAUGCCACUACUUGGUUCAUUGACGGCAAUGAAGUCGCUUCGAUAUCCUUCCAAACACCACGUGACCCUAGUAUGAUUAUAUUUAAUUCGUGGUCAGAUGGUGGGUCUUGGACUGGCAACAUGAGUGUAGGAUCAGAAGCGAAACUCCAAAUUAAAUGGAUAGAACUCGUUUACAACAAAACCGAAACAACAAGCUCUCGACACAAGCGGACGCUAGGAUACCUCGAGAAAAGAGACGACUCAUGCUAUACCGUAUGCAGCAUCGAUCAGACGCAGGAUACCGGCACUGCUGUAGUGUUACAAGGCAGCGUUGCGAAAAUAUCAAGCUUCGGAGGUGUUCUGUUCUGGGCUUCUGUAUUAUCUCUAGCCUUGACUUUUUGGUAG